AUGUUACAACCACUACUCUUAUCACUGUUCCUGCUUCUUUGUCCAUUUUCAACAGAAUCAACCCCAAUCAACGUAUGGCCCAAACCAACAAAUCUCACAUGGACCUCACCACACCAAUCCACACUCCUCUCUCCAACAUUCACCAUCACCAUCACCACCCAACACCAAAACAACCACCUCUCCGCCGCCAUAAUCCGUUACACAAACCUCAUCAAAACAGAACACCACCGUCCCUUAACUCACCCAACAACGAACCUCUCCAUCUCCAACCUCCCUCCUCUACAAUCCCUAACAGUAACCGUCACAAACCCAACCGCCGAACUCACCCACGCCACAGACGAAUCCUACACGCUAACAAUCUCCACUCCCAACGCAACCCUCACAGCCUCAACACCAUGGGGAGCAAUGCGUGGUAUGGAAACCUUCUCACAACUCACAUAUGGAAACCCAACGCGCGUGCCUGUUGAAGUGCGUGUCAGCGACGCGCCUCUGUUUGGUCAUCGAGGUUUAACGCUUGACACUUCGAGGAAUUAUUAUCCGGUGAAGGAUUUGUUGAGGACGAUUGAGGCGAUGAGUAUGAAUAAGAUGAACGUGUUUCAUUGGCACAUAACGGAUUCCCAUUCGUUUCCCUUGGUGGUUCCGUCGGAGCCGAUGUUGGCGGAGAAAGGGGCUUAUGAUGUUAACAUGGUUUAUACGGUGGAGGAUGUGAAGAGAGUCGUUGAGUUUGGUCUUGAUCGCGGUGUUCGUGUUUUGCCGGAGAUUGAUUCCCCUGGGCAUACAGGAUCUUGGGCCUUAGCCUACCCUGACAUUGUAACAUGUGCUAACAUGUUCUGGUGGCCGGCUGAAAGUGAUUGGCCGAAUCGUCUUGCUUCCGAACCAGGAACAGGCCAUUUGAAUCCCUUAAAUCCCAAGACCUACCAAGUCCUAAAGAAUGUCAUACGCGAUGUAACCACAAUGUUCCCAGAACAAUUUUACCAUUCUGGUGCUGAUGAAGUCAUACCAGGCUGCUGGAAAACCGAUCCAACAAUUCAGAAAUUUCUAUCAAACGGUGGAACUCUCAACCAAGUUCUCGAGAUGUUUAUCAACAACACUCUCCCGUACAUUGUAUCCCUCAACCGUACUGUUGUCUAUUGGGAAGAUGUUCUCCUAGACGAUACAGUCCAUGUUUCACCGACAACUCUCCCGAAAGAACAUGUGAUUUUGCAGACAUGGAACAAUGGACAUGACAAUACUAAAAGAAUAGUAUCUUCUGGAUACCGUGCCAUCGUGUCGUCAUCCGACUUCUAUUAUCUUGACUGUGGACACGGUGACUUCACCGGAAAUAACAGUGCUUACAACAACCAGACAGGAAGUGACGCAAACAAUGGUGGCUCUUGGUGUGGACCUUUUAAAACAUGGCAAACUAUAUACAAUUACGAUAUAACAUACGGAUUGACCGAAGAAGAAGCGAAAUUGGUUUUGGGCGGGGAGGUUGCAUUAUGGUCAGAGCAAGCUGACGAAACUGUUUUGGAUUCACGGAUUUGGCCUAGAACUUCUGCUAUGGCCGAGUCGUUGUGGUCAGGUAAUAGGGAUGAAAAGGGUAUGAAGAGAUACGCCGAGGCAACAGAUAGAUUGAAUGAAUGGAGGAGCAGAAUGGUUAGCAGAGGUAUAGGAGCUGAGCCUAUUCAGCCACUUUGGUGUAUUAGGAAUCCUGGUAUGUGCAACACAGUACAUCCAAUUUAG